GUUCCCAAGAGAACUAGAUGCUUCCGCCGGCGUCUUCCUCCGCGACCUGCCACAGCCAACAUGGCGGCGCUAGUCCUUCACACAGUGCCAAAGUACUUGAGACCCAUCAAACAUGGACUUUGGACGAACGGCCAGCUUCUUGUCUCCGUCAGGAAUAUGUCGGCAUUCCAAGACAGCUGGUUCAAGUCUCUCUUUGUGAGGAAGGUGGACCCCAGGAAGGACGCCCACUCACACCUGCUGGCCAAGAAGGAGGACAGCAACCUGUACAAGAUCCAGUUUCACAACGUGAAGCCCGAGUGCCUCGAUGCUUACAACGACCUCUGUGAGGGGGUGUUGCCUUCCAUCCAUGCUGACCCCGAGUACCCCUGUGAGCUUGUAGGAACAUGGAACACUUGGUAUGGAGAACAGGACCAAGCAGUUCAUCUGUGGAGGUAUCGAGGAGGUUACCCCGCCCUUACGGAGGUGAUGAGCAAACUCAGGCAGAACAAGAUGUUUUUGGAAUUCAGACAAGAGCGUGGGAAGAUGUUGUUGUCUCGCAGGAAUCAGCUGCUACUGGAGUUCAGCUUUUGGAAUGAACCUGUUCCUCGCCCUGGACCCAACAUUUACGAGCUGAGAUCUUACCAACUCAGGCCUGGCACCAUGAUCGAGUGGGGAAACUACUGGGCGCGCGCCAUCGAGAUUCGCCAGCAGAACCAGGAGGCAGUGGGUGGCUUCUUCUCCCAGAUCGGAAGUUUGUACCAAGUUCACCACUUAUGGGCCUACAAAGAUCUUCAGUCGAGGGAAAAUAUCAGAAAUGCGGCGUGGCAGCGAGAAGGCUGGGACGAGGUGGUUUACUACACAGUGCCUCUCAUUCAGCACAUGGAGUCGAGAGUCAUGAUUCCCAUGAAGAGCUCGCCCCUGAAGUAAGCCCCGCCCCAUCGUGAUCACCAGAGACGCUUUUGCUUCUAGAAGCUGACCUCCACUCUUCAUCAUCAUCAUUGUCCUCUUCUGAUGAAGACACACCAACUGACCGAUUGAGUGAUUGAUUGACUGACAGGCGCUUAUCACUAUGAUAGACAGAUGUUUAACCAUCUACAAUAAGAUUGAUAAGUGGCACUUUGGUCUCCAUGGCGAUGUUGAACAUCAUUUGAAGCUUACUGGAGUGAAUAAAUGUAAAUCAUUUUUAAUAGUUGUAAAGAUUAUGUCAGCAGGGUGGUGUGUGCUUGGGCCUUCACAGAAUGAUUGUUACUUUACUGACUGUUAGGUCACACGGUAUAUGGGUUUACUGACUUAGGUCACAUGGUCAAUGCUGUCUGGCUGGAGGAGAGAUUUACUGUGGUAAAUAUGUGAUAUUUUGUGCUUAAUAAGUUGUACAUAAUGAAUUAAACUUCUCAUGGGAAUGAAAAGAAGUGUGCUCGUAUUUAGAAUUGUAAGCAUAAAUAAACUUGAGGUAGUUCGUCUAAUCGACGUCUGCUUAUGACAAAGUCACGUGAUGUCUAGCCGAGUAGUUGUGGGCGUGACAUGUUGUGUUGCCUUCAAGUGAAGUCGGAAUUCUUAGAACUUUACCAGAGCAUAUUUCA